AUGGCUUCCGCAAUUGCCGGCGGUCUGCACAAGGUUCAGGAUGUGGUGCAAAACACUUCCUCCAAGAACAAGAAGCUGGUAGAUCUGGAAAGAGAUACUGCCGAUGCUCAUACUAAGCAGCCAUUGACUACCGAUCAUGGUGUCAAAGUCAGCAACACCGACCAAUGGCUGAGAGUCACAAAUGACCGUCGGACAGGUCCAUCUCUACUGGAAGAUCAGAUUGCCAGAGAGAAGAUUCAUCGAUUUGACCAUGAACGCAUUCCUGAGCGAGUGGUACAUGCACGAGGCACUGGCGCAUUCGGAAACUUCAAGCUCAAGGAGAGCGCCGAUGAUGUUUCUUGUGCUGGGAUCCUGACAGACAUGUCAAGGAACACCCCGGUCUUUGUCCGCUUCUCCACAGUUCAGGGAAGCAGAGGUAGUGCUGAUACCGUCCGUGAUGUUCGUGGAUUCGCCGUCAAGUUCUACACGGACGAAGGAAAUUGGGAUAUUGUCGGCAAUAACAUUCCUGUCUUUUUCAUUCAGGAUGCAGUAAAGUUCUCUGAUUUUGUUCAUGCUGUCAAGCCAGAGCCGCACAACGAGGUGCCUCAGGCCCAGACAGCGCACAACAACUUCUGGGACUUUGUGUACUUGCACCCCGAAGUCACCCACAUGUUUAUGUGGACCAUGUCUGACCGUGCCAUUCCACGAUCCUAUCGGAUGAUGCAGGGAUUCGGCGUAAACACCUAUUCCCUCAUCAACAAUGAAGGCAAACGUCACUUUGUUAAGUUUCACUUUAUUCCUCACCUGGGUGUGCACUCUCUUGUCUGGGAUGAGAGCUUGAAAUUGGCAGGGCAGGACCCUGACUUCCACCGUAAGGAUCUGAUGGAGGCCAUUGACAACAAAGCAUACCCCAAAUGGGACUUCGCAAUCCAGGUGAUUCCCGAAGAGAAGCAGGAUGAUUUCGACUUUGAUAUCUUGGAUGCCACGAAGAUCUGGCCGGAAGAUCUCGUGCCUCUUCGCGUGGUUGGAGAGCUCGAGCUGAACCGUAACGUCGAUGAAUUCUUCCCCCAGACCGAGCAAGUGGCAUUCUGCACCAGCCACAUAGUCCCAGGCAUCGACUUCUCCGAUGAUCCAUUGCUCCAGGGCCGCAAUUUCUCUUAUUUUGAUACUCAGAUCAGCCGUCUGGGUAUCAACUGGGAGGAGCUUCCGAUCAACCGUCCCGUAUGCCCUGUACUGAACCACAAUCGAGACGGUCAGAUGCGCCACCGCAUCACCAAGGGAACAGUCAACUACUGGCCCAACCGCUUCGAGGCCGUGCCUCCGGCUGGUACCGAGGGCGGCGGUUUCACAACCUACCCGCAGCGCGCGGAGGGUGUCAAGAACCGGGCGCUGAGCGACAAGUUCCGCGAGCACCACAACCAAGCUCAACUCUUCUACAACUCGAUGUCGGAACAUGAAAAGCUCCACAUAAAAAAGGCCUUCAGCUUCGAGCUUGAUCACUGCGACGACCCAACCGUCUACGAACGUCUCGCCGGCACCCGCCUCGCCGAGAUCGAUCUCGCGCUCGCGCAAGAAGUCGCCGAGAUGGUCGGCGCGCCCAUUCCCGCCAAAGCUCUGAAGCUGAACCACGGCCGGCGCGCCCCGCGCCUCUCGCAGGUUGAAUUCGCGCCCAAGACGCCCACCAUCGCCAGCCGGCGCAUCGCCAUCAUCAUCGGCGACGGCUAUGACCCAGUCGCCUUCACGGGCAUGAAGACCACUAUCAAGGCCGCCAGCGCCCUCCCCUUCAUCAUCGGCACCAAGCGCUCCGCUAUCUUCGCCGAGGGCGAGGACAAGACCUCGUCCAAGGGCGUCAUCCCGGACCACCACUACGAUGGCCAGCGCUCGACCAUGUUCGACGCCACAUUCAUCCCCGGCGGCUCGCACGUUGCAACGCUGCGCAAGAACGGCCAGAUCAAGUACUGGAUCACCGAGACAUUUGGCCACCUCAAGGCGCUCGGCGCCACGGGCGAGGCGGUUGAUCUCGUUAAGGAGACGCUGGGCGGCGCGCUCGAUGUCGAGGUGGCGUCGUCAAAGAGCUCGGAGCCCGUGGAGUGGUAUGGUGUCGUGACGGCGGGUGGUGUGCAGAAGCCUGAGAGCUUCAAGGAGACGGUGCAGAUCCUCAAGGGUGCGACUGACUUUGUCGGGAAGUUCUUCUACCAGAUAUCGCAGCAUCGAAACUACCAGCGGGAACUGGAUGGGUUGGCUUCGACUGUUGCCUUCUAA